CCGUCGUGUCGGGAUUGGAAUGUAACAGAGUAACAAUCGGAACAAUUGAGCAUUUGGAAAUUGGGCACACCGAUCAUGGGAUAUCGUUCGUGUAUUUUUUCGAAGUCCUUCCCAAGUGUGAAAAUUAUUCCCGUUCGUUGCAUCUGUUGAUUCUGGGCUUGUUUCGAGAAACACUGUCCCAAUGAGAGGAUCUUGUACUUACGUGCGCGAGGGUCUGCCGAGAGAAUGGAAGUAAGAGCAAUGCAGGGAUUCGUGUGGCUACAAUUCUCCACAUAAGAAGCUUCCCCUCGAUGCUCCCAAGCCUAAUGAAUAUACGUCGGGGUCAGUGGAGUGAACCACCGUCCAGGAAAGCCACCGAAACCGGCCGAAUCUAGUGCUGGACAUCUGGAUAUUAACGCUGCCACUACGAAUGCUUUAAAGCCCCCUGAUCGGCAUUUUAACGAGUUUACAUCCAAAUAGUACGAUUCCUUCGCGCUGUUCUCCUGAGGCAAAGUGAACCGAUAACCACAGUAAGUCUUUCAUCGGAAGUCUUGUCCGACGCUUUUUAACGAUAUCUGACCUGUGAAACGGGCGCAAACUAUAUUGGAAAGGGGAGAGAGAGAGAGAGGAGCAGCCGAGUACCUUACCUGGUUUGUUUGUUUUCGCGGAGAUCCACUAUCUCAAAGUCACUGCAUCGGAAAAUGUUACUGUUAGAUAGAAGAGGGAGAGUGAGUAAACACAAGUAAAAUCGCCCACAUGCCCUGGAUCAAUCGCUUGAUACGGGAACGGAAUCCGAAGAAGAGGGAAGAGGCGAGUUGGAAAUCCUUGCAGGCUGGAAGAUGGCGGAGCGGUGUUGCUGGAGGUGGUGAGAGCCAAACUUCGGGCUACUUAAGAUUUAUUUGUGAACAUCUCGUCCCAGCAGCCAGGACACAUGCAGGCCAAAAAACGAUAUUUAAUCCUGCUUUCGGCUGGCCUAUGUCUUCUACUGCUUUACUUUGGGGGUGUCCAAGUUCCAGCGACCAGCAGGAGCCGGCAUGAUCCCAGCCGCAAUGGAUAUCGCUCCGACCAGCCAUGGCCACACUUCUCGGACCCGUUACAACCUUUCCACCCCUGGGAACAAACGGACACCGAGGAGUAUAAUCUCCACAUAUCCCCACGACAGAAAAGGGACGUUAAUUCGAGCGUUUACAAGGGCAAGCGGUGUCGUAUGGACUCCUGCUUUGAUUUCUCCCAGUGUCAAAGAAACGGAUUUAAAGUUUAUGUAUACCCACAACAGAAGGGAGAGAAAAUCUCAGAAAGUUAUCAGAACAUUUUGUCGACUAUAGAGGGCUCCAGGUUUUAUACCUCGGACCCAGGGCAAGCUUGUCUGUUCGUGUUGAGCUUGGAUACGCUCGACCGCGACCAGCUUUCACCGCAGUAUGUGCACAAUCUGAAAACCAAGGUCCAGAGCCUACAGCUUUGGAACAAUGGUAGGAAUCACCUUAUAUUUAACUUGUACUCGGGGACUUGGCCGGACUACACGGAAGACCUGGGUUUUGACAUUGCUCAGGCCAUGUUGGCCAAAGCGAGCAUUAGCACUGAGAACUUCAGACCCAACUUCGACGUGUCCAUCCCGCUGUUCUCCAAGGAUCACCCGAGGACCGGGGGGGAAAGGGGCUAUCUGAAAUAUAACACCAUUCCACCUUUUAGGAAGUAUAUGUUAGUGUUCAAAGGGAAGCGUUAUCUCACCGGGAUUGGGUCGGACACAAGGAAUGCCUUAUAUCACGUCCAUAACGCCGAGGACGUGGUACUCCUUACCACCUGCAAGCACGGCAAGGAUUGGCAGAAACACAAGGACGCCCGUUGCGACAGGGACAACGCCGAAUAUGACAAGUAUGAUUAUAAAGAAAUGCUGCACAACUCCACUUUCUGCCUGGUGCCCCGCGGACGACGCCUGGGCUCCUUUCGUUUCCUGGAGGCGCUGCAGGCGGCCUGCGUCCCCGUCAUGCUGAGUAACGGCUGGGAGCUGCCCUUCUCCGAGGUCAUCGACUGGAACACGGCGGCCGUCAUCGGAGACGAGCGCCUCCUACUGCAGAUCCCCUCCACGGUGCGCUCCAUCCAUCAGGAUAAGAUCCUGUCCCUGCGCCAGCAGACUCAGCUCCUGUGGGAGGCCUACUUCUCCUCCAUGGAGAAGAUUGUGCUCACCACGCUGGAGAUCAUCCAGGACCGGGUCCUGCAGCACAUGUCCAGGAGCAGCCUGAUGUGGAACAGCCACCCCGGGGGCCUGUUCGCCCUGCCCCACUACUCCUCCCACCUGGGGGACUUCCCCUUCUACUACGCCGGCCUCGGUAUCAGACCGCAGCCCAAGUUCACGGCCGUCAUCCAUGCGGUCACCCCCCUGGUGUCCCAGUCUCAACCCAUCCUCAAGCUGCUGGCGGCUGUGGCCAAGUCCCAGUACUGUUCCCAGAUCAUCGUGCUGUGGAACUGUGACAAGCCGCUCCCCGCCAAGCACCGCUGGCCUGCCACCUCUAUCCCUGUUGUCGUCAUUGAGGGAGAGAACAAGGUGAUGAGCAGCAGGUUCCAGCCGUACGACACCAUCCAGACAGACGCCGUGUUGAGCCUGGACGAGGACACCGUGCUGUCCACCACAGAGGUGGACUUUGCCUUCACCGUGUGGCAGAGCUUCCCAGAGCGGAUCGUGGGCUACCCCGCCCGCAGCCACUUCUGGGACAGCAACAAGGAGCGCUGGGGCUACACCUCCAAGUGGACCAACGACUACUCCAUGGUCCUGACAGGAGCGGCCAUCUACCAUAGAUAUUACCACUACCUGUACACCCACUUUCUGCCAAGCAGCCUGAAGAGCAUGGUGGACCAGCUGGCAAACUGUGAGGACAUCCUCAUGAACUUCCUGGUGUCGGCGGUCACCAGGCUGCCUCCAAUCAAGGUCACCCAAAAGAAGCAGUACAAGGAGACCAUGAUGGGCCAGUCCUCCAGGGCGUCUCGCUGGGCCGACCCGGACCACUUUGCCCAGCGGCAGACCUGCAUGAACAAGUUCGCCAGCUGGUUUGGCGGCAUGCCCCUGGUGCACUCCCAGAUGAGACUGGACCCGGUGCUGUUCAAGGACCAGGUCUCCAUCCUCCGCAAGAAGUACAGGGAGAUCGAGAGGCUCUGACAAGACUGGCGCCCCCUGUUGGCCGACCGACCGACCACAGGGGGGCCCGAGAGACUACUUUGAGAGGAGGACCACACAGGACCCGCUAAAAUGCCCCCCCCCCCCCCCCCUUUAAAAGAACCAGGGGGGUAGAAAGGGGGCAAAGGGAGGUCCCAGACUCAGUCUUCCACUCAGCACAUUGCCAAUGAUGACAAAAAAAAAUGGUGCCAGGCCAGAAGCAGUGUCUGGGGAACUUCGCACACUCAUGCACACUCGACAAGCCCUCAUGGGGAAACACGCCUCACACACUUCCCCUUACCCACAGGAGACUUCUUCAAAAUGUAUAUCCCGAAUGCAUAAACCAGCCGACAAGACUCGAGGCUUCUCGCCGCAAAUGUUCAUUAUGAGGAGGACACACAAUGGACGAAUCCCUCUGGUCCCCGGAAAUCUGAGGUGGGGGGGGGGGGAAAUGCAAUGCAACGUGCAUCCCUGAUUUCCAAUCCACCGAGCCAGGAUCGGAAAGCAGGAUCAGGAUCCGAACCACAGCUUCUCCCUUACGACCCACACUUCCAUGUACCCCCAGCAGGUUCUCCCCACUUACAUUUUCUUUCUUUCUUUCUUUAGGUCUCAGUGCCAUAUUCUGUUAUUGUUUCCACUUGUUUUAAAGUUGAUUUUUAUUUUUCAUUGACCCAGUUCUAAUAUUUGUAUCAAUAAUGUCUUGUCCAUUCAUUAAAAGUAAGUCAGAGUAUCAGUGGUAAAUCAGAGGUGCAGAAAUUGUCCAGCACCAAUUUGAUUUUUUUUACGUUUUUCCAUUUGAGAUGCAUCAACACCUAUUUUACACUUACUUAAGUUUGCCUUAAACCUACCUACAGCCAUUUUCUCCUUGAAGUUGUCAGUUAGCCCUAAGCCCUGGGGAACUUGUUUGUCUCUCUGAAGACGUUAUUGGUAAAACUGCUUAUGUCACAGCUUACUAAAUUACUAAAGUGUAAAGGUUUUUAUUUUUUCCAAAUAACUUGAUAUGUUUUUGGUACUGUAGCCUGCAACACUUUGUUAUAUAAUUAGUCAAUGAGCAGAUGGCCAUUUUAUAUUCAUAGACUGGCUUCAAAAGCUGAAAAACCCAUGUAACUCCUUCAUUUGUCUAAUAUAACAAAUCCUCCUACUACAAAGCUUAAAUGUUUGGAAAGCAGACAGCUUCAAUCUGUUCAUGUCGCUGUUUUCUUAGGAGUCAGGACUGAGUGUCUCCUGCUAAAACACUGAAUGUAGUCUUGAGGCCAUUUGCCCGUCUUGAACUCUUCAACUUUCUACACAUUUCCAUGACACUACUUUAAGACAAAACCAUUCUUUUUUUUU